AUGCAGGGCCUCAAAAAAGUCGCGAAGGAUAAAAUUACUCCUUCGGCUCCAGCGGCCUCUGCGCGGGAAAAACGACAGCAGGAGUACAGCAUUGACUACGAGGCCUACCGACACUUCGCCUUCUUUGCAGGCCUUUUGUUGCACGCUAACGCCCCCACACCAACCAGUGCUGUUGACCUGGUUAAGUGGUACCUGACAGAAAAGGCGUACUGCGUGCCGAGGGACCUCUCGCGUCCUCUUGUCCCCAACGUGUAUAGGACUUUAGUUCAUAAUCUUAUCUUGGAUUCUUGUGUGGAGGUAGUGCAGGAUUCUGGAGAUGGCCAUCUUCAGCUGCUCCCCAAUAAAUAUUUUCUGCUAUGGGCUUGGAAAGAUUUCGCAUUGGAUUUCGAUGUCCGCAUGCGGGCAACCCCGUUUUGA